UGGGUCGCUGCCGUGGAGAUGCGAUGACGGUCUCCGUGACCAUUGACCAAUCGACAACGGGAUUUGCACCCCCCACCCCCCCCCCAUUAUGAAGGCGGGCCGUGGUGAGGUCACGUGGGAUGUGGCUUUUCCUUCCGCCGGUAUCUGCUAUUCACAGCGAUUGAAGGUCUUUAAUGGUGACUGGAUUAUUCCUUUCAUCUGCAUGGUGACUGGCUCUUCAUUUGUUUUCAUGUGUGAGGUUAUGUCUCCGAGAGAUUAUCCCCAUGUCAUGUCCUAUUGGAAUGCAAACUGAUAGAUUCUGUCUUCUGAAGCAUCGUCUGCUUUAUCAAAGAUUCUGAAUCUCACUUGUCAACGCAAAGGACAUUUUAAUACUAACUAUAAAUUAAGGGAGCCAGAUCUACAAAAUCUACAGACAGAAGACAUGUGGCCAAUCAGAAGUUAAGCGUUGGUUCCGACGACACACCCCUUGAAAGCCCUGAUGAAAAGUUUUUGAAUAUUCUCAACUCUUGUCAUAAUUUCAAAUAAUUUCAGAACGCAAUGAGCACAACACAAAGGAAGCGUCGGAUGGUACCUCCUCAGCAAUCCAGAAGGGCACGCCGCCAACGCAGAUCAGUAGAACCAGCUGAACCGGAGGCUGAAAUUGUAGAGACUGGUGCAGAAGUUGUUGACUUGACCUGUGAAUCCUCAGAGCCUGUGGUUGUCGACCUGACCAAUAAUGAUUCUGUUGAGAUCGUGGAUGAAGAUCUGUCCUCCUCAAAUAGUCAGCCAAGUUCUGCUGAUGACCAGCCAAGCAGAACGCAGUCAGACAGCUGUAUUCUCUGCAGUGAUGAAGAAGAUACCAGAGCAGAUGGAAGUAGCAGUGUGUCUGUAACAAGUGCAGCAGCUGUACCUCAGGGAAACCGUCUUCAUCCUGCCUUGUGCAACAAAGACUUAAGAUGUGUUCAAAAUCUUGCUCACCGAAGAGCUGGUUCAGGAACAAUUAGCUGCCCUAUAUGUAUGGAUGGUUACACAGAGAUUGUUCAAAGUGGGAGGCUUAUCGUCUCGACAAAAUGUGGUCACGUUUUCUGCAGCCAAUGCAUCCGGGACAGUCUCAAAAAUUCACACAUGUGUCCGACUUGCAGAAAGAAAUUGAACACUCGCCAGUAUCAUCCAAUUUACAUUUGACUGCAAGGUCUUGUCCUGAACUUUAUGUACCCAACAAAGUGCUGGCCGCAUUGAAAUCCUCUUGCGUUCUUCAAUUUUCUCUGAAGAAAUGGGUGGCUCCUGUUGGAGACUGAAACGCAUUUGCAAAAUGCACACACCAUCAGCUGUCCAUCUGUCACUAUCUGAUCCUGUCAACUGGCUCUAUUUAAUAUGCUG